CUUGCCCGGCCAAAGAUGCUCCGGCAUCUCCAGAGUCUGCGAACACCCCCAGAAACUCAGCAUCCAGCAUAUCAGCCCUGACGCUGGAGCGCACCGGUUUACAGGCGACCUCAGUGGCGCUGCUGUGACAGAACAGUUUGCAAUGGACGCGUCUGCACCGGAACCGACGACCGCUGAGGUUUGUGAGGUGGAGGAGGCAGAAGAAGCUGGAAGCUUGAGGAGAAGUAGUAAAUCGUCAGUUUCCAUUUAAUUCUUGCCUUUACGCAGGGUGGAGAGGCAGAGCGAUCCGCCGCCUGACAGUAAUCCUCUGGCCGGGAGGAGCAGGGAAAGCCCUUUCAAGGCUGAGGCAGAGUGAGGGAGGGAGAGUUUUAAGUCGGACGGGGAACGAGAGAGUUGUCAUAUUCGGAGCUUUUGCCCUGCCACUCGAGGUUUAACUGAUCUGCUCCAGAGCCCGGGGCGACUCUCAUUCAAGCUUCUGGGAAUUAACUUCGCACCAUGAGCGGACCGACGGACGUUCAGUACCAGUCGAGCCUCUAUGGAGGAAACAGCAGCAGCAGCUCUCCCGUCUCCAGCCGUGGAAAUUCACCCAUCGUGUGUGAGCGCUGUGGGGAAGUUUGUCGUGGGGAGGUGGUGCGUGUGAAGAACACACACUUUCACGUUAACUGCUUCACUUGCAAAGUGUGCGGCUGUGACUUGGUCCACGCGGGUUUCUUCCACCAUUCUGGUGAGUACAUCUGUACAAAGGACUACCAGCGGCUCUACGGGACCCAGUGUGACAGCUGUAACCAGUACAUCACCGGAGAGGUGGUGUCUGCCCUGGGGAGAACGUACCAUCCAGACUGCUUUGUCUGCAGCAUCUGCAAAAGCCCAUUUCCAAUUGGAGACAGAGUGACCUUCUGUGGGAAAAAGUGUGUGUGUCAGCAGUGUUCACUUUCUCUGAACAGCGACAAGCCCGUCAAGGUCCACGGACCAAGCUACUGUGCCGGCUGCGGUGAGGAGAUCAAACAGGGUCAGUCUCUGCUGGCUUUGGAGAGACAGUGGCACGUCAGUUGUUUUAAAUGCCGAACAUGCGGCUGCGCCCUCACUGGAGAGUACAUCAGCAAAGAUGGGAUACCUUACUGUGAGACUGACUACCACAGUCAGUUUGGGAUCAGGUGUGAGAGCUGUAACAGGUACAUCAGUGGCAAAGUACUUGAGGCUGGAGGAAAACACUACCACCCCAGCUGUGCGAGAUGUGCCCGCUGUCACAUGAUGUUCCUAGAAGGAGAAGAAAUGUACCUGACAGGUUCAGAGGUUUGGCACCCCAUGUGUAAAGAAGCAGCUCGGCUGGAGAGGAAACUGAGGCUGAGACGUACCUCUGAGACAGCAUCCAUUUCUCCUCCAGGCUCCUCUCCUCUCCUUGGCUCUCCUCACCGGCUCAUCUGUGCUAAGGGUGAUGGGGAUGUUUUGGAAUAUAAGCAGCUGGCAGCACUUCCCAGGGUUAAAGCCAUAUAUGACAUUCAGCGACCCGACAUUAUUCCUUAUCAGGCCGACCAUGCACAGACGCACCUCUCAGGUGACACUUUGGAGAGAUGCAACCGUAGGCAGUCAUUGGGCUCCUUAUCACCAUACUCUCAUGAUCUCUUGGAUGGCAUGGAGUUAAGAACAAGACGUUCCUCCAGCUCCCCCUAUACCGACUCACCUGCACACAGUCGUCACGGAGGCUCCCCACUGCAUUAUUAUGUCCCUGGCAGUGAAAGUGGCAGGAGUUCUCCUUAUUAUAGUCAGCCAGAGCCCAGGUGUGCUACACCCACCAACACCUUCCAAGCCCCCAAGCAUUUCCAUGUGCCAGCUUCUGAGGAAACCAACAUCUAUAGAAAACCACCCAUCUACAAGAGACAAGAAAUAUCAGCCUCUCCAACAGCCAAUAAGAGUAGGACCAAUGACAAUCUCACCAAUUCCAAUCGCCUUUCCACCUCAAACUGUAACAGCAUUUAUCACCCGAACUCCAACUACUACCCAUAUACCGGCUCUCCAAAAGUCUUCCCACUUGCUCCCUGUUACCUUUCAUUUCCUCCAUCUCUCUAUCUAGUCUCCAGGGUGAGGAGGUUUUCAUCUGGAGGAGAGGAGGAUGGACUGAAUCAUAAUAUAAACAGGGGAAUUGGCAGAUUGAUCCUGAAGGAGGAGAUGAAGGCACGAGCAGGUUGUCACGACAAUGACCAGUGGGGUAGCAGACACAGCUCCCGCUGUAGCAGCAAGGAGGCGCUGAGCAAUCUGGGAUACAGCUCCCUUAAUGGCUCUCCCAGGUCCCUCUGCAGCGCUGACAGCGACUCCUACAUUGCCAAAUCAGCCUCGUUGCCAGGCUACGGCAGAAAUGCACUGAACAGGCCUGGGAGUGUUGGUGGAGAUUAUUACCAGUAUGACAGCAGUAAUGCAGUUAAUUGGCAGAUAAGAGAAUACAAGAUCUACCCAUAUGAAGCCCUUGUGGUGUCAGUCAGAGGGCAGCAGCGCCUCCCCAGUGAUGUGGACCGAGCCAGACUAGAGCGUCAUCUCUCCCCAGAGGAGUUUUAUAGAGUCUUCGGCAUGUCCAUGUCUGCCUUUGACCGUCUUGCUCAGUGGAAACAAAAUGAACUGAAGAAACAGGUCAGACUCUUCUGAGAAAAGUCAACAGAUUCUUUCACUGAACCCAGCUUGAGUUCGUGGCUCAGUGGAAGAAGAACUGAACAAAAUAAGAAUGCAGAAGAGAGAUGUUCUUGGCUUGUUGUAGCUGCUGUGUGUUCGGACUUCUUAAGCAAUGUUUGUGAAGUUUGCCAAGUGGGCAAAAUUGAGGAAAAAUCCCCACCAAGAAGGGAAGACUGAGUGGUAGAAGACUAAAAGAGGAGCAGAGAGCUUCACUGGAGCUACAACGGGUUGCUUGUGCCUCUCCUACCAGCAGAUGGCAGUGUGUUUACACGAGCGUUAGAGUUUUUGUCUGAACUACUGAUGUGCUUUUUAAGAAACUCCAGGUCUGCCAAAAAACGUGCAUUCUUAUGAAGUAUGUCAGCUGUUUGGAAGAUGGUAUAAAGAAUCUAGUUUUAGGGGGUGAGAGUUGCUGCAGAGUCUGAUAAACUGGCAAGACAAGUAAAUGAGCACUGUGUGAUUCUCAGCAUUGGGGUUACUGAACAUGGUGUAUAAAUAAUGUGUUUUUAUAAUGUGCACAUCUUGAAAACCAAAGGUUUUCGUCUACAUUUUUCAAACAACAUGUUUGAUUUUUGAUGUCAGUAUUUCUGAAGCCAUAUUACAAACUUCUUUUCUACACGUGCAAGCAGACUGGACAGUCCAUCGACGUUUACUUUGAAAUGACAUUUGACAUAAAUGAGCUGCGUCAUGGCUCAGAGCUGGAAGGUGUUAGUUUAGAAGUGGGGGUUUAGUACUAUACACUUUAAAAUAAGAUGUUUGCGUUUCACUUAUAUAUGGAAAUCCAAGUUUUUUGUUCGUAUUUGCACUUAUUCUCAAGAAACAAGCCCGAAUUUCAGAUGCUGGACUACAGUUGAAACACUGUUUUUCUGACGUGUAGUGUACGUGUGAGGGUGUGAGUGUAUGACUGAUGAUAGUAAACAGUUAAUCAAGGAAUUUUUUUUUAUUAAUAUGUAAAAGCCAUCUGAAUAAAGUGAAGAACUCUGAAUACAAGGAAUGCCAAGAAAGGAAAUAUUGAAGGAAGAAAUGUACAAAAAAUAUGAAGUAAAGGUUUGUGUUUGUGA